AUGUCUCAACUGCUGGCACCGCGGCCAUCCCAAGGCGACGAGGGCCCGCCGGAGCCUCCAUCUUCUCAACGCCAUCGAAAAAUAUCCACCGCUUGCGGUGCCUGCAAGCAGAGGAAAACAAAGUGCUCUGGGGGUAAUCCUUGCGAGGCCUGUGCGGCGAGAAGAAGUCUAUGUGUGUACGACGCAACUUCAGAUCAGCGUCGGAAAAUUGCGAAUCACCGAACCGUCCAAGAACUCGCAGACAAGCAGAUCGCGCUCGAACGGCAUCAGCAGCUUCUGGGAGGAAUAAUCGCAACUGUGCGAGCGGGCAGUUUCAACGCAACCGACGACCUACUCCGUGUCAUCCGCUCAGGCGUCGAGCUGUCACAAUUGGCGGCCCAUGUCCGGAACGAAGUCCGGACGAAUAUCGCAAUCCAGCAGGCUUUCGAACAGAUUGAGUUCAUCAUCGACGGGGGCCUAGAAUUGCCCUCACCAGCCCAGAUGCAGGUUCUCCCAAAUGAGGAGUCUCGUGGAUCAGAGGACCAGAGCGACGCAAGUUCCAGCAAUGCUUUAUUCAGCGAGCAACAAAUUCGAAAUCUGGACAAAUUCAAACCGCCACGUUGA